GUUAGUGAUGGAGGAGAGAAGAUGGCGGAAGCGGAGUGAGUGACUAGAUGAUUUAAGGAUCAUAGUACAGCUAUGGAUAGUGAACCAAACCCGGGAACAUCUUCUGUGUCAACAACAACCAGCAGUACCACCACCACCACCAUCACCACUUCCUCCUCUCGAAUGCAGCAGCCACAGAUCUCUGUCUACAGUGGUUCAGACCGACAUGCUGUACAGGUAAUUCAACAGGCGUUGCAUCGGCCUCCCAGCUCAGCUGCUCAGUACCUUCAGCAAAUGUAUGCAGCCCAACAGCAGCACUUAAUGCUGCAUACUGCAGCUCUUCAGCAGCAGCAUUUAAGCAGCUCCCAGCUUCAGAGCCUUGCUGCCGUUCAGGCAAGUUUGUCCAGUGGAAGACCUUCUACAUCUCCCACAGGAAGUGUCACACAACAGUCAAGUAUGUCCCAAACGUCUAUCAACCUCUCCACUUCUCCUACACCUGCACAGUUAAUAAGCCGUUCCCAGGCUUCCAGUUCUACCAGCGGCAGUAUUACCCAACAGACUAUGUUACUAGGGAGUACUUCCCCUACCCUAACGGCAAGCCAAGCUCAAAUGUAUCUCCGAGCUCAAAUGCUGAUUUUCACACCCGCUACCACUGUGGCUGCUGUACAGUCUGACAUUCCUGUUGUCUCGUCGUCAUCGUCAUCUUCCUGUCAGUCUGCAGCUACUCAGGUUCAGAAUUUAACAUUACGCAGCCAGAAGUUGGGUGUAUUAUCUAGCUCACAGAAUGGUCCACCAAAAAGCACUAGUCAAACUCAGUCAUUGACAAUUUGUCAUAACAAAACAACAGUGACCAGUUCUAAAAUCAGCCAACGAGAUCCUUCUCCAGAAAGUAAUAAGAAAGGAGAAAGCCCAAGUCUGGAAUCACGAAGCACAGCUGUCACCCGGACAUCGAGUAUUCACCAGUUAAUAGCACCAGCUUCAUAUUCUCCAAUUCAGCCUCAUUCUCUAAUAAAACAUCAGCAGAUUCCUCUUCAUUCACCACCUUCCAAAGUUUCCCAUCAUCAGCUGAUAUUACAACAGCAGCAACAGCAAAUUCAGCCAAUCACACUUCAGAAUUCAACUCAAGACCCACCCCCAUCCCAGCACUGUAUACCACUCCAGAACCAUGGGCUUCCUCCAGCUCCCAGUAAUGCCCAGUCACAGCAUUGUUCACCGAUUCAGAGUCAUCCGCCUCCUUUAACAGUGUCUCCUAAUCAGUCACAGUCAGCACAGCAGUCUGUAGUGGUGUCUCCUCCACCACCUCAUUCACCAAGUCAGUCUCCUACUAUAAUUAUUCAUCCACAAGCACUUAUUCAGCCACACCCUCUUGUGUCAUCAGCUCUCCAGCCAGGGCCAAAUUUGCAGCAGUCCACUGCUAAUCAGGUACAACCUACAGCACAGUUGAAUCUUCCAUCCCAUCUUCCACUUCCAGCUUCCCCUGUUGUACACAUUGGCCCAGUUCAGCAGUCUGCCUUGGUAUCCCCAGGCCAGCAGAUUGUCUCUCCAUCACACCAGCAAUAUUCAUCCCUGCAAUCCUCUCCAAUUCCAAUUGCAAGUCCUCCACAGAUGUCGACAUCUCCUCCAGCUCAGAUUCCACCACUGCCCUUGCAGUCUAUGCAGUCUUUACAAGUGCAGCCUGAAAUUCUGUCCCAGGGCCAGGUUUUGGUGCAGAAUGCUUUGGUGUCAGAAGAGGAGCUUCCAGCUGCAGAAGCUUUGGUCCAGUUGCCAUUUCAGACUCUUCCUCCUCCACAGACGGUUGCGGUAAACCUACAAGUGCAACCACCAGCACCUGUUGAUCCUCCAGUGGUUUAUCAGGUAGAAGAUGUGUGUGAAGAAGAAAUGCCAGAAGAGUCAGAUGAAUGUGUCCGGAUGGAUAGAACCCCACCACCACCCACUUUGUCUCCAGCAGCUAUAACUGUGGGGAGAGGAGAAGAUUUGACUUCUGAACAUCCUCUGUUAGAGCAAGUGGAAUUACCUGCUGUGGCAUCAGUCAGUGCUUCAGUAAUUAAAUCUCCAUCAGAUCCCUCACAUGUUUCUGUUCCACCACCUCCAUUGUUACUUCCAGCUGCCACCACAAGGAGUAACAGUACAUCUAUGCAUAGUAGCAUUCCCAGUAUAGAGAAUAAACCUCCACAGGCUAUUGUGAAACCACAGAUCCUAACCCAUGUUAUUGAAGGCUUUGUGAUUCAGGAAGGAUUGGAGCCAUUUCCUGUGAGUCGUUCAUCUUUGCUAAUAGAACAACCUGUGAAAAAACGGCCUCUUUUGGAUAAUCAGGCAAUAAAUUCAGUGUGUGUUCAGCCAGAGCUACAGAAUAAUACAAAACACGCAGAUAAUUCAUCUGACACAGAGAUGGAAGAUAUGAUUGCUGAAGAGACAUUAGAAGAAAUGGACAGUGAGUUGCUCAAGUGUGAAUUCUGUGGGAAAAUGGGAUAUGCUAAUGAAUUUUUGCGAUCAAAACGAUUCUGCACUAUGUCAUGUGCCAAAAGGUACAAUGUUAGCUGUUCUAAAAAAUUUGCACUUAGUCGUUGGAAUCGUAAGCCUGAUAAUCAAAGUCUUGGGCAUCGUGGCCGUCGUCCAAGUGGCCCUGAUGGGGCAGCAAGAGAACAUAUGCUUAGGCAGCUUCCAAUUACUUAUCCAUCUGCAGAAGAAGACUUGGCUUCUCAUGAAGAUUCUGUGCCCUCUGCUAUGACAACUCGUCUACGCAGGCAGAGUGAGCGGGAAAGAGAACGUGAGCUUCGGGAUGUGAGAAUUCGGAAAAUGCCUGAGAACAGUGACUUGCUACCAGUUGCACAAACAGAGCCAUCUAUAUGGACAGUUGAUGAUGUCUGGGCCUUCAUACAUUCUUUGCCUGGCUGCCAGGAUAUUGCAGAUGAAUUCAGAGCACAGGAGAUUGAUGGACAGGCCCUUCUCUUGCUAAAAGAAGACCAUCUCAUGAGUGCAAUGAAUAUCAAGCUAGGCCCAGCCCUGAAGAUCUGUGCACGCAUCAACUCUCUGAAGGAAUCUUAACAGGAACAUGAAACCUUGAUAAAACAGCAGUUUUACUCUUCUCACACAAACUUGUAAGGUAAAGGCCUAACUUGGUCUAGAAUAUGACACUUACUGUAGUGGAUAGCCAAGCACAUUGGGAUUUCCACAUCAGAUACUGACAUUUCUUCUACAGGUAUAAUUAUUCAUCAUACAUUUUCAUAAUUAACAAACAUUGGUAAAAUUAAUUUUACAGGUUACAUGAAACAUUGAAAGACUUGUUAUAGAGGGCCAUGAUAUUUUUCAAAGAAAUGUGUUACACAAGAUAAUUUUUUUAAAGGUGAUGUUUAUCAUUAAUAUAAAGAAUCCUUUUAAAAGUAAUUUAAUGAUUUACAUUUCUCCUCUUUUGAUUCGAUUUUCUUAUACAUUUUUUUCUACCCUAUUAGUUUUCUAAAGGUUGUCAUGAGAGGUAUGUUAUGGAAUAAUUUAGUAGUCCAGUGACAGAAUCAUAUGAAAUCAGUGUACAUUUUUAAAAAUAUGUCUUUUAGACAUAUGCUUUACCUAUAAAAAAGGAAUUGUGUUCUAGUAUGAACAAUACUGAUCUGGAAGUGAGAAGAGUUAGUUCCUAUUCCAAACUUGACCAAGAAUUUGGUUUGACUGAGAAAGUUUUCCUCUCAGUUUUUGUACAUUUAUUUAGAGCAGUGGUUCUCAGUGGAGGUCAGUUUUGAUCGCCAGGGGACAUUUGGCAAUGCUGAGACAUUUUGGUUGUCACAGCUUGGGGCUGGGUUUAGGGGAGGGUUGCUACUGGUAUCUAGUAGGUAGAAGCCAGAGAUGUUUCUAAAUAUCUUAUAAUGCACAGGACAGCACCCCUCCACUAUCAAGAAUUAUCGGUUCAAAAAUGUCGGUACUGCCAAGGUUGAGAAACUCUGAUAUAGAAGGAGUGAUAAAUACUGUUUUCACCCAAAGGAAUACUUUUAAAAGAUGGAGCAUACUAAAUAUAUAUGAUGAAAGUAUUAUUCACAUAACAUUCAUAUUCUGCUGAAUAAUUUUUUCUAGUUUAAUCAUACUAGAAAAAGAAAAAAAGAUCUACAAAUUGUCCUAUAAAAUAAGGACUAACAUGCAAAUAAUUUAACUCUCAGAAAGUACUAAUUCAUUCUGAUUAUCUUUCAUACCUCUGUGCUCUUCUGCAGUGAUGAAGGCAUAAUAUGAUUAUACCUAUGAACUAGUGCAUAGCCUUUUCUGGCAAGAAAAUAGUUUGUAGCAGAUAUGUGGUUGCUCUUUGGAUUUUUUUCUAAUGUUGAACAUGCUGGGACUAGCUAGAAUGUACAUUCCUACUUCCUUUACCAAACGUUUGCAUGUUUCCUGCAAAGCACUUACCAAGUGAUUUCUCUUAAAUCACCAGAUAUAAUUUUGUAUGUACAUGUUUGAGGAAAAAAAUUUAAAGCAAAACCUUUUACUGAACAGUGUUCUAUAGAAUUAUGACACUAAAACAAAAUUGUUUGUGGAAGCCCUGAAAGCUUUAUAGUCCUGGGCAUCAAAAAUUUUAUUUGAGAUGAUGAAUGUUUUGUUUUACUCUUUUCUUAUAUUACCAUGAUUGAGAUAUUUUAGUAAUUGAAGGAACAUACACAGAUAUUUGGCAGAAGUCGAGUAAGGAGGGGAAAAUAAAGAGUCCAUGAGUUUCAGUCAUUUUCACUGCUCUUUUCAAAAAGAUUGUGUUGAGCUAGUAGAAGACUAAAGAUGUCACUGAAGACAUCACAGAUAUUAUAUUUAUCUUUUGGCUUUGUGUACAUUAGAGAAUGUUGAUUAUUUUUAUACAAAAAUACAGCGGGUAAUUUUUUUAAUCUUUAGAUGCCUCUUGUUUGAAUGUAUGCUUUGUGGAAUUCUUUGUGUAGUAAUGUUUUAAAAAAAGAUGUUUACUGAUAGUUACAUGUAGGAUUAGAAUAUGUAAUAUAAUAUAAGGCUCAUGUUCCAGACCUACGAUAGCUUGUAGUCUAUGUUACAUAUUUCUUUAUAUCACAUUUUUAAUCAUUGGAUUAAAGUUUCAAGGAAAGCUA